CCCAGACGGCCAGAGGCCUCCAGACGGCAGCAUGCGCGCCCCGCCGCCGCUGCUGCUUCUGGCGCUGCUGGUGCUGGCGGCGCUGGCCGCCGGCGCCUCCCGCGACGCCGCCUCCAGAGGCCGGGGGCGCAGCAGCGACCGCCCGAGGCAGCGGCCUGCGGCAGACGCCCCGGCCAGGGUCGCGCGCCGCCGCAUGCUGGACCGGCCGCAGGCGCAGCAGCCGGAGGAGGACGAGUACGAGAACUACGACUACGGCGAGUACGAUCUUAACGGGGAAGACCUGGAUGUCGAAAACGGCGACAUAGACGACGUGGAGGUGGAGGCCACAACGCCGCCGCCGACGCCACCUCCUCCGCCGCCGACGCCGCGCCGUCCGCCCCCGCCGCCUCCCACGCCUGUGGCGGUACCUCGGUUCCCACCGUCGCCCCCGCCAGAGCCGGAGCCACCGGCGACCCCACCCCCGCCACCACCCCCGCCCCCGCGACGGCAGCCUGUACCAGCCACUCCACCACCCACGCCGCCUCCGGUCAAAGAGCCGCCGCAGCCGCCGUCUGGUAUCCCCUCAGCCUCCAGAGUGGAGCCAGUCAUCCCGGGGAAUGGUGGGUGCCUCUUUGAGGGCAGCGUGUAUCAGGAUGGGGAAGAGUGGAGGGCCGAUGCUUGCUCGUCUUGCUCCUGCUCGCGCGGUCGUGUCGAAUGUGUGCUGGUCUCCGGAUGCUCCAAAGAUGACAGGUGCAGAGACGUCAUUUGUGAAGAUCUGGUGUGUGCUACGCAGCAGUACAUUCCACUGGGCGAGUGCUGUCCAGUCUGUGCAGAUGAACCUGAACCAGAGCUGACAGUGCAGCCGACUGGAGGUGGAAGGGAAUUUGGAGAAAGACCCAGUUUGCCACAGACCCAUGUCGAAACAGUUCCUAUUCCUGGACCCAGGGGAGAGAGUGGACGACCAGGAGAGCCGGGACGACCAGGAGAGGCAGGAUAUCCCGGACCACCGGGACAGCCCGGAAUCCCGGGACUGCCGGGUCCGCCGGGACCCGCUCCGGACAUCUCGCCGUUCUACACCCAGCUGGCUCUCUCGCAAGCCUCUGGUGACAAGGGCCCCACUGGGGGUGGUGGCCUAGGAUUCGGCUUGUCUCCGGAUGCCUACCAGUACCUUCACGCGCAAGUCGGACCGGUCGGACCGAGGGGCCCACCAGGACCACCAGGGCCACCGGGACCGCAAGGUUUCCAAGGUGUACGAGGGGAACCCGGAGAUGCGGGACCCGUGGGUCCUCCGGGAACUCCUGGGCCCAGAGGACUUCCUGGAUUGCCUGGAAAGGAUGGAGAGCAAGGUGACGACGGAGAGGCGGGACAGCCCGGCUCGGCCGGUCCCCCGGGACCCCGGGGUCUUCCGGGCAUGCCGGGUCUUCCGGGCAUCAAAGGACACCGCGGAUUCCCCGGACUGGACGGAGCUAAGGGCGAGCAGGGCCCCAGUGGCGAGAAGGGCGCACAGGGCGCCACUGGGCCCAUGGGACCCGUCGGCCCGAUGGGUCCAGCAGGACCAAGAGGUGAGAGAGGGCGAGAGGGUCCUCCGGGACCUCCCGGCCUCAGGGGGAUCGAUGGAAUUUCCGGACCACCAGGCCCCCCGGGAGCCAUUGGAAAACCCGGACCACCUGGGUUCCCUGGAAAUCCUGGUGCCAAAGGAGACCUAGGACAUCCAGGUCCGAAAGGAAGCCAAGGACUUCAAGGGCCAAGAGGAGAGGCAGGCCGUCCUGGACAGCCGGGUGAGUCCGGAGUGCCUGGACCGCCAGGGAAGGACGGUUCGGCAGGAGAGAAGGGCAGCCCAGGGACGGCAGGACUCCCUGGACCUCCAGGCUUCCCUGGAGCAAGAGGACCUCCCGGACUGUCUGGCAGCCCUGGACAACCUGGAAUGAAAGGGAGUCCGGGAACACCAGGAGAGCGCGGCUUCAAAGGAGAGACUGGGAUGAAAGGAGAAUCUGGAGCACCCGGACCUCGUGGGCUGCCAGGAACAGCGGGACCGGAAGGGAAGAGGGGCAAGAGAGGAAUCCGGGGUCCCACAGGGCCAGCGGGACCUCAGGGAGAGAGGGGAGUGGCUGGCGGUCGGGGACUUCCAGGACCUGAUGGAGCGCCGGGGCCUAAAGGUCAAUCUGGAGACAGGGGUCCUGUAGGUCCACAAGGAACAAAGGGAGCUCAAGGAGAUCCAGGAAGACCUGGACCUCCAGGUUUGCAGGGUUUGAGAGGAAGUCAGGGACGCACUGGACCACCUGGUAAGCCUGGGAAUCCUGGAGAGAGAGGCAUUCAGGGAGCAGAUGGGAAACCCGGAGAGCCUGGACCACCUGGAUCGCAGGGAUUGCCCGGCCCCAUUGGACCACCUGGAGAUCGUGGAUUUGCGGGUGAGCCCGGUAAGGAUGGGGAACCUGGCCAACCAGGAACAACUGGCCCGAGAGGAGACCCCGGAAAGGAUGGCGCUCCAGGAAUCCAGGGACCUCCAGGACCACCGGGAUCUGAUGGAGAGAGGGGUCCGCCGGGACCUGGUGGUCCACGAGGCUUCCAGGGACUCCCAGGUGCAGCUGGAAAUCCUGGAACUCCAGGGAAGGACGGAGAGUCUGGGUCGCCGGGUCCUCCCGGACUUCCCGGACCUUCCGGAUCUAGAGGGGACCGCGGAUUCCCCGGAGAGCGCGGUCCUGUAGGACCUCCGGGACCUCCAGGAGUACGGGGCGAGACGGGCCAGCAGGGAUCUGACGGCCUUCCGGGACCACCAGGAUCUAAGGGUGACAAAGGACAUUCUGGUGCCAGUGGAUUGAUUGGUCUGCCAGGACUGCGAGGACAGCCAGGAGCUCCUGGAGAGAAGGGCGAGAGGGGCUCGUACGGACCACCGGGACCCGAGGGACCACCAGGUCGGCAGGGAGAGAGGGGACCGCAGGGUCCCGUGGGACAGCAGGGGCCGCCCGGGGAGCCGGCGGACAGGGGAGACCCCGGACCACCGGGACCCCCGGGUGAGGCGGGAGCUCCGGGAGGACCCGGUGAGCGGGGAGCACCCGGACCACCUGGCCUGCAGGGUUUCCCGGGCCCUCUGGGUCCGGCGGGACCGCCGGGAGGCAAGGGAGAGCGUGGCUUCGUGGGCAUGAAGGGUGAGCAGGGCAGCGCUGGUCAGCAAGGUCCACCGGGAGAGCCAGGACCGCAGGGUCUGGUAGGUCUGACGGGGCCGAAGGGAGCUCGCGGUGAACCCGGCAUACGCGGUGACAACGGCAUCAUGGGACCGCCCGGCAGACCCGGCGAGCCAGGACUGGCUGGUUCACCAGGAAACAUCGGACCUCCAGGUCCUCCAGGACUUCCAGGAAUCAAGGGUGCCCAGGGAGACAGUGGAAGAACAGGAAAUCCGGGGCCACAGGGAUUGCCGGGAGCUCCCGGUCCGGAAGGUCCAAAAGGAGACACAGGUUCGGAGGGUCCAUCCGGACCACCAGGGCAGCCUGGGCCGCAGGGUCCUGCGGGAGACAGAGGGCUUCCCGGACUUCCGGGACCCACGGGACUUGCGGGUGCCCGGGGACCGAGGGGUGCACCGGGUGACACUGGACCACCGGGAAAACCCGGCAACGAAGGACCGCCCGGAUCUCCUGGAAUUUUGGGACCACCUGGACCACCUGGUCCGGCUGGAGAACCUGGAAGUGAAGGACCUGCAGGCAAAGCUGGACCACCUGGAAUAGCGGGACGGCCGGGAGACAAGGGACCUCCGGGACCCCUCGGUUCCCCUGGACCCAGCGGUGCUCCGGGUCUGCCUGGGCCAGUUGGACCUACCGGACCACCAGGACCCGCCGGAGAGAGAGGUCCGAGGGGAGAGACCGGACCACAGGGUGUCGAAGGACAGCAGGGUCUAAGAGGAAAACCUGGUGCUCCUGGACCAGAGGGUGCCAAGGGAGAGAGAGGAGAAGAGGGACCAAAGGGUGCCAAGGGCCACCGAGGACUCAUCGGGCUGCAGGGACUGCCCGGACCCAUUGGCCCCCCUGGAGACAAGGGAAUGAUUGGGCCUCCCGGACCACCAGGAAAGGAUGGAGAAACUGGAACCAAAGGGACACCCGGAAGGGAUGGAGCUCCAGGGCCGCAGGGUAUUUCCGGACCUCCCGGGCCCAGGGGUCCCCCUGGAGAAGAGGGUCGUCACGGACCGCCGGGACCUCCCGGGCCGCCCGGACCUCCGGGAGCUCCUGGGGAGUCUCUGGGUUAUGACGCCGCCGCUCUGGCUGCCAUCCUGGGACAGGGAGCCGCCGGGCAGAACAAGGGCCCUGACCCACUGAGCGGUGAUGAGCCGGCUCGAAUCUUCAGCAAGGACAUCAGUGAAGAGUCACGUCGCGAGUUGGUGAUGCAAGCCUACGAACACCUGAAGAGGUCAUUCGAGCGCUUCAAGAAACCAGAUGGAGAGAAGUCGUUCCCGGCAAAAACGUGCAGGGAUCUCUUCCUCGCACAUCCAGAUAAGCCUAGUGGUGACUACUGGAUAGAUCCUAAUGAGGGUGACGUGAGAGAUGCCAUCUUAGUGUACUGCAAUGCCGACACGAAAGCGACAUGUGUCAAACCGAGUCCGGAGAAGACACCAGAAGUGUCAUACAUAGGACAUGAACAGGAGGUGUGGCUCAGUGAGAUUGAGGGAGGCAUAAAGAUGACGUACAAGGCGGACAGCAACCAGCUGGGAUUCCUGCAGCUGCUGUCGGUGGAGGCGCAGCAGAACAUCACCUACCACUGUCUCAACUCGGUUGCGUACUUCGACUCGGCCAAGAGGACCUACCGCAAGGGCCUCAAGCUGCUCGCCUGGAACGACAUAGAGAUUACCCCGCGGGGCAACCAGAGGGUGCGCUACGAGGUCACCGAUGACGACUGUCGGUUCAAGAGACCCGAGUGGGCCCAGACGGUGAUCAGCUAUUCGACAGACAAGCCAGUGAGACUGCCCAUCACGGAUAUCGGCCUCCGUGACAUCGGCCAGCCGGACCAGAAGUUCUGGAUCGAAGUUGGCAAUGUGUGUUUCAUCUGAGCGGCCGAACAGACAUUUCCGUCACCUGAUGUGCGACUGUAAAUAUCGUUUCCUAACAGCUGAGCUGGAACCUGCCAGAAAUGAUUUGUACACUGCUGUCCUGUAACAUUCACAACUUAUGAGCACUCCCAAUAAAUGACCACAGAUUGUAUUAUUGGUGUUCCAUAUAUUUCAGUAUAUCAGCACUGCUGUGAUACUGUUUGGCAUUCUGAAUAGUUCACAUUGUUCAGUGAUGGGAUUCUGUCAAAAGUGAUACUUUGUGAUAGUAACUUUUGAUGUCAUUUUCUGUUGACAAUGGGGGAAAUUACAAAUUGUAAGGCAUUACAAAUUAUUAUGUUGUAAAUUGAUUGGGUAUCUAAUUUAAUCUUAUGUGAAAUGAAUUCUUCUUCUUCCAAGGAAUGGGCAAACUGCCUGUCCCUAUCAUAAAGUGAGUUAUUACCAGUGUUUCCCUUUUUUGUCAAAGUGUGAUAAUAAAUAUUAAAUACAGAAAUAUGAAUAAUAGUUUACAAAAUAUUUUUCAACAUGUCUGAGAAUCUCUACACCAAUUGACAUUUGUGGUUAUUGCAGUGCAUUGAAAAGGACUGUUUUCAAGUAAAAUGAAGAAAAGUAUGGAUUUGUAAUUAACAGGGAAUUUUUUUAGUUCCUCUUCUUUAUUGUAGCUUUAAUUAAAAAAUAAUAUUAUACAGAAAAUUAUACAUCUGUAAGAAGGAUGCUGAGAAUCUAUGGUGCUAAAUGUCAGAAAAAAACAAAUUUUGAUUUUGUUCCUGUAUAUUUAUAUAUCUUUUAAUAUCAUGAUAUAUCUGAGGUGAUCUGCAAUCCAUUUAACAUUUUGUGUUAAAACAAUUGUUAUUUUCUGUAUCGUCCGGUUACAACACUCAAAAACCUGCAGCAGUUAUAUAAUUAAUGGUUCUUUUAAUCACAAAUUUGCAUUAAUUAUGUGAAAUUCACACUGUAACUACCCAACUUUUUCCAAUAAUUUUGUAUCAGACUUGAGUAUUAAUCAGUAAUAUUUGCAGGAAAUAAUGACAAUAAGCAGGUAAUGUGUAUCAUAAAGACUCCCUUUGUAUGAUGGUAACAUGUAUGUUUGCAUUGUGUCAAAUAUUUGUUGCCUGGGUAUUAACUGUUUUAACUUAAGUGUAUUGACGUGUUCACAUGUGCCAUAAUGAGAAACAUAUCACUGCCAUGUUACCAGUAAUUCGAAAUUACUGUGUACUGAAAUAUUUAUAUAUUUUCUGUGCCAUUUUCCAUUCCAUUUUUGUACUUUAAUAAAAAAAUAUGUAAAAUCACUGCAAAUAUUUUUGCAAAUUUCUGAUUACAUGUAAAUAAAAAUAAAGAACAAA